CUAGAAAGUAGUUUACGGACAGCUACGAUUGGAUUGGGUAGUGUGUACGUGUUUGCCUCUAUAGACAUCACCUGUUGAUUUGUUCCGUUUUAUUCACCUUUCAGUUUUGUUUUUAUUUUUACAGUGAGUGAAAAUAAACAAGUGAAUAGAUAUGACAUCUACGAGUGAUUAGGAAGUUUCUUUUAAGCCCCCCAGGACAAAGCAUGCCUGGACUGCAAGAAAAAAAAUUGGAAACAUUUUCAAGUUCUAACAGAAGAGUAUCGAGCGCAGAAAAAAUGCCUUAUCACAAAACCAGUGUCCAUUCCAAUGGAUAUUCCACAGAUGAGCAGCAGAGUGGGAUGGGGGAGGACAGUCCAACUUACCUGAUGGAGCACCUGGCUACCUUCACAGUGACAAAGGAGACAGGGAUCGUGUAUCCGGCGGACGGAAUGCGGCGACUGCUGCAACUGGAGAAGUCCAAUGGCAUCUGGUCACAGAAGAUGCAGCUGCGGCUUGACCGCAAUUGGGUGCUCAUUAUGGACUAUGAAACUGGGCAAGUUAUGGAAAGGUUCCCUGCCUCUCUGAUCCAAGAACCUACAGCUUUUAUGAGCAACGAUCCCAUGGAGAUCUACAACAACAUACUGGUCUUUAUCGUGGGGGAAGAACGCCAGUCUAACUCUCACUCCGAGAUGCACAUAUUCCAGUGUCAGAGUAUCUCAUCACUUGAGUUGGUUGAGGAUCUGAAACUGCUGCGGGUGGGUAAGAUGCCAGGGGGACGCAGAACCCGCCAUAUACCUCCUCCACCCCCUACUCCGCCACCAGACCCUCCCAUCAACGGAGUCAAUGUUCGUGAACAGGUCAAUGCUUUCAAUGCUGUCUCUCACCAUCCAGAAGGCCGUGGGGGUAGUGAGCUGGGCGUCGGCCGUGAUGAUGAGACAAGCUCCACAUCCAGCGAGAAGUAUGGUAGGGACGUAGCCAUACUGAACCAUUGUUUCGAUGACAUUGAGAAAUUCAUUGCCAGACUUCAACAUGCUGCAGCUGCAUCCAGAGAACUUGAACGUAGGAAAAGAAAUCGCAAGUCCAAGAGGAAAGAUAUGGGUGAUGGCAUGCUCACUAUGCGAGCCAAACCACCCCCAGAGGCAGAGUUCGUUGAUAUCUUCCAAAAGUUUAAGCUGUCGUUUAAUUUGCUUGCAAAACUGAAGCACCACAUCCAUGACCCAAAUGCUCCAGAGUUGGUGCACUUCUUGUUCACACCCUUGGCACUGAUCGUGGAUGCUUCCCAUGACACCCAUUACGGUCCCAACUUGCCCAGCAAGGUUGUUUCCCCCCUGCUGUCACAAGAGGCAGUCAACCUGCUAAUAAACUGCGUAACUAGCAAAGAGACAGAGCUCUGGCACUCGUUGGGGGAUGCUUGGCUCAUUCCUAGAGAGCAAUGGAAGGGAUAUGCUCCACCCCCUUAUCACCCUGUCUGUAUUGAUGGCUAUCCAGUGACGGAUGAGAGGGAGCAGGUGGGUGCUGCCAUCGGCUCUGCUGUUGCCUCGGAAGCCAAACGUACGCGAGCCGAAGAAAUAAGAGCUGCUCAGCAAGACGCGGAACUACGGGAGGCCCAUUACAACCGAGAGAAGGAACUGGACGAUUUGUACAACAACGAGUACAUUGUGUACGAUGACGAAAGGCAGGAGGCAAGUCCAACAGAUCCGGGACAUUACUACCCGGACACUCGCAACUACCCGAGCCGUCAGGACAGAUACCAGCUGGAAGACAGAGAGUACUCUCAAAGUCCUGGAGGCUCUGAUCCAGACUUCCCAUCACCAUCACAAGCUCCAAGGGACCCGAGUGCACGCAGUGACAUCUCUGCUGACUCCAUUGAGCGUAGUGGUCGUGUAGGGGGUAGUGGUGAGAGGUUUGAACGGUCUCAGGCACGCUGGUUGGACGAACUGCGUGCCAGUGGCGCUAAGAUUGUUCAGGUCACCUACCCACGCACUGCUAACAACGACAAAGAACUCACAGUUAUUCGGGGAGAGUAUUUAGAGGUGCUGGAUGACAACCGGCAGUGGUGGAAAACGCGCAACAGCCGUGGCCAGAUAGCCCACGUACCCCACACCAUCGUCACUGCUUACCACCCCUCUGCUGGAGAACAGGUAAUCUUCAGCAACCCCCUCUAUGCUCAGCACUUCUCACAGGAAAGAGAAGUUAGAGAGAACACUAGAUCGCCUCCGGCUCCACCCCCCGCUCCCGUACCCGCCUCUGCUGACUGGGUGAGAAAUCAACGAACCGGCAAGAAAGUAUUUCUUGUUUCAGACUCCAAUUUCGAAGAUGAUGUUUUCGUCACAACUCCCACUUCAGUCACCUUCGAAGAACCAUCAGAUUUUCAAUUGAUGACGAUGGAGCUCAGAGAUAGACUGAUGGCUUUCCAGAAGAAUGCACCUAACAUAAAGCGAACACCGGUGAUCUACAUUAACUCAGAGUCAACACCCUCGCAAGUUCAAGACUGGCUCAAACAGAAAGGCUUUGAUGACCAGGUGUCACAGUACUUGAAGGGGAUGAGUGGGAAGGAAAUGUUCCACCUUACCAAAGAAGAGCUGCAGAAGGUCUAUGGGUACCAGGAGGGUCAUCGACUCUAUUCUCAACUGCUGCUGUCUGGUACAGUCACCAAGUACAAUCCUAACAAGUCCAUAGAGUUAAUUGAAAAGUUGGCGAAAGCAAAGAAAAAGGUUGACACUAAUGGCGAAGAGGACACGCAAGGUCAAAAAAACACUCAAGGACAAUUAGACCAGUUAUAUAUAACAUCAAAACUGAUCCAGCAAGUAUUCUAAGUAAAACCUAUGUGACAUAAUACUAGAACUGUGAAACAUUUAGAGACACAUCAGAUGUUCCAGAAGUCCAGGAAUAGUUAACUAACUUAAAUUAAUACAUUUUUAGGAAUUAUACCAAAGUUACACUUUAGGAAUAUUCAAGGCUCUUUUCGCUAUGUAUAUAAUUUUUCCACCUAUGAACAAAAGACCCAUGAGGUCAUAAACCCAUAAAUAGAAAUGUAGACCAACUUUUGAAGUCCACACCUAAUAAUAGCAUUUCUACAAAUCUUGUCUUAAUAUAAAGAUUAACUAAAUUAUAUUCAAAUAUGUAUGUAUUGAAAAAUUCAAAUUGCAUUAUUUAAACAAUGUUAAUUUAAAUCAAAACAAAACAAACUUUCAAUUUAUUAUUGGAUUUUAUGUAUAUGCUAUGUCUGAAGUGCAAUCGUUGGUUUACAUUACCACGUCUGAUACUUUAUUUUAUUUUCACUAACAUGAAAGAGUUACUGCCUUCAGCCUAUUAAAUACUCAUUGAACUUUUCCAGGCUUAAUUUUGGCUUCAUUCAACAGUUUAUCAAAAUACCAAAACAUUAAUAAAUAUAAUAGCCACAAAUUAAUUUGUAUGUUUGAUGUUCUGUUGUAAAAGAUGUAUGAUACAGCCUUAGUUAUUAGACUAAGACUUCCUUUUAUCUUUUCAUACGAAUUUUACAAACCAAUAGUGGCUGAUUAAUCCCUUAAGUGCUAGUGUAAUUCUGCUCUGGCUGGAUUUUUUUUGUUUACAAUAUCCUCUUGUAGUAUCUAAUUCUAAAAAUCAUAUAACUUUUUAAACUUAUGAUAAAGGGAUUGUAUAGUUAUACAAAUUCUCAUAAAGUUAUAUAUUCCAAGAUUUGUUUGGAGGGAGUGUAGGGAGAGAAGGGGUGCUUUAUCAUAUGGAGGCCAUUCUAUCCCUAUAUACUACAUAAUAUAAGUAAGUAAAUACAUACAUACAUAUGUAUUACAAAUAGAAGAAAUUGAAGUUAAAAAUAAUAAAUUCAAGUGUCAAUGACACGCAUGUUUACAACACAGUAACUGAACAAGUGACUGAUGACACGGAAGGCAGCAGUGGACAGAGUGGGCACAUGUGGGAGUGGUGGAACAGUGUCUUCCCCCUCCUCUGGCCCAAUAACAAAGGGCUGUUUGGCGUGAAGCCAAUAGACAAAGAUGUCAGAAUCACCUCAUACAUCAAACACGACGAUACGAUCUUCUUUUUAUCGGAAAACACAAGGAGUGUAUAUACAUUGUCAGCACUUACGUAAUUAAGCACUUAAGGGGUUAAAAAGAUUUCCGAGGAUCUGCUUAAGUCAAAUUUUGGAAAAAGCAUAACAGAGUGUUGAUUUGCAUGUAAUUUAAAUAUGAACAUAGUUAAUUUAUAGAGUUAUGUUUAGUAAUAAAAAGCGUCAAUUUCUUUUUCUGUAACUUGAAUGUAUCUCUAGCUACUAGCGCAGAAUAAUUUAUUAUUCAAAUCACAAUUUGAUUUCAUUCAUUUUUCUUAGUCCCUUAUUGACAAGCAAACCAGUUUGACUGAUGAGGCACAGACCUUUCAGUCAAAGUCACAACCUCAAGAAUAUGAAAUGUGAAUAGUACUGCUAUUAACAAGAAAGAAUUUAUGACAAACUCACAUUUGUUUAUAAUAAUAAGUACAGUUGGUAAAAAUUACAAGACUAAUAAUUUAGUUAUUAAGUUUUAGAUUCUAUGUUUUCCUUUUUUGUCAGUUUUAUCGUUCUAACAUAUAUUCCACAACAAUCAAAAUUCUUUAAUUGUGAUAAAAAAAUAACAAGGAAUUGGGUUAGUUAAACACUAAUUUUAGGGUUUUGGAUUUAGUCACCUAUCAAUACUGAUAAUGUAAUGUGAUUAAAAUUUCUUAAUUUAAUUAAAACUAGAAUAAAUUAUAACCUUAUUGUAUAUGCCUAAUAUGUUUGUAUAGUUUUGAAUGUUUCAAAAUGGACAUUUGAGUUAGAUUAGAAUUAUCAGUGUUAUAUUUAAACUAAAAUAAAUACAAGCUCAAAAAUAAUAGUAUUAAUUAACUGUAUACGUAAUCUUAGCAGUAUUUAGACCUCAUUAUGGCUAUGCUAUAUUACAUGCAAAGUAGAUAUAAAUAAAUUUGUAUAUCUAAGGUAUAUAUAAAAUGAUAAUGAGGUAUAGUGAUAAUGAUUUGUGCCAUAUAAUUUACUGAAUUUGAACAAAUAUUUGUGUUAUUUAUUAUCAAAUGGGAAAUGUAUGAAUUUAAUUUCUAUUAACCUUAACUAUUUCAAAGCACAAAAUAUUAUUUUAUGUGUAAUGAACAAAUACAGAAUUUGAGAAAUUGUGAUUGUAUGUUAUAUGAAAUUGCCAAUUAAAAUAUAAUUUUCCAAA